AUGCAGUUGUCAAUCAUCACCCUUGCCUCCCUGGCGUCUGUCGCCGUUGCCUCUGCUUCUGUUGAGGAGCGUGACUUCUGGCCUGCCCACAUCCCCCUUGCUAAGCGUGCCGUGAGUGGCGCUGAGUACCAGUGCCACGCCAACUGCGGUUACACCAUCCUCAAUGCCCAGCAAAGCGGCUACUGUGACAACUCUGAGUGGAAGACUUACUACCAGGGAUGUAUGGAGUGCGCCUACACUUACAACCUCUGGCCCGACUACGGUGAUGGCGUUACCUCUGCUGCUAAGGCUUGUGGCUUGACUGUUUCGCCCAGCCCAUCUAGCGGCUCCUCCCAAGCUUCCUCUACGGCCUCUGCUCAGAGCUCCGCUGCUCAGACAAGUGCCGCCCAGACCAGUGCCGCCCAGACCAGUGCAGCUCAGACCAGUGCAGUUCAGACAAGUGCUGCUCAUACGAGUGCCACCCAGUCUGCUGUCCGAUCUUCUGCUGCUCAAUCCAGCUCUCUGACUGCCUCUGCCUCAUCUGCCGCUGCCAGCUCUUCUGGCUCUGUCUCUGUCUCAAAGUCUACCACACCUGCGGCUUCCACCACGACUCUGGUCAGCACCACCCCCAGCCUUACUCUGGGUAACAACUCGACCACCUCUUCCACCUCAGUUCCCACCGCUGGGGCCGCCAAGAACUUUGGCUCAUUCAUGGUUGCGGGAGCCGCGGUCCUCGUUGCUGUGAACAUGAUGUAA